GGACACUCGGCUACACGGCAUCUGUUCGGCUUUUUUUUGUGUUUCGUCUUUGUGUUUGAAGCAGCAGGCCAAACAAUAGAAACCAAAACGUCGUCGUCGAGCUCAAACAAAAUACGUGAACAACGCAAAAACAACAGCAACAUGCCGCGACGCAACAAGAAAUCAGCAGCAGGCAAAGGCCGCACCAAUGACUCCAAUUCUGAGGACGAGUCCUUCGACAAUGUGAGCGUUUACUCGCAUGUCUCCGAGGUCGCCUCCUCGGAUGCCACCGACGAGUUGGCCAACGAGCGUUUCGAGGAGAAGUUCGAGAAGGCCCUGGAACAGGCCACCGAGAAGUCGGCCCAGACUCGUGUCCAGGCCCUCCAGGCGAUUUGCGAGCUGCUCAUGCACCGCUACAUGCCGGACUUUGUGGAGGACCGCAAGAUGACCCUGAUGGACUUUGUCGAGAAGAGCAUCCGCCGGGGCAAGGGACAAGAGCAGGUGUGGGGCGCACGACUCGCUCCCCUCCUGGUGCUCCAGAUGGGCGGCGACGAGGGCAUCUCCAAGGCAAUGAAUCAGUUCCUCUUGAACACCGUGCAGGACAAGUCCGUGGGCUUCGAUGCUCGCGCCAAGUGCUGCACAGCUCUCGGCCUGCUGAGCUUCCUGGGCUGCGAGGAUGUCGGAGAGUUGGUGCAGCUAAUGCAGUGCUUCGAGGCCAUCUUCGCCGGCAGCUAUUUGCGGGGCGAUGACAAGACACCGGUUUCGGUCACCGCCGAGGCUGGCACUCUGCAUGCGGAGGCUCUGAACGCCUGGGGACUCCUACUCACACUUAUUCCCUCGGGAGAUUUUGUUUCCUUGAUGACCACUGGCCAAAAUAUGUUUCCAUCUAUUAAGAAGUUCUUGGGCCUCUUACAAUCCACCCAUUUGGAUGUUCGCAUGGCCGCUGGCGAGACCAUUGCUUUGAUUCUGGAGUCGGGCCGCGCCCACGACGAGGAUUUCCUGGAAGAUGACAUCCCAGAACUUUCCGAGGCCGUCAAGCAGUUGGCCACAGAUUCGCAUAAAUAUCGGGCCAAGCGCGAUCGCAAGGCCCAGCGGGCUACCUUCCGGGAUGUACUGCGUUACCUAGAGGAGGACAUUUCGCCGGAAAUUAGCAUUCGCUUCGGUCACGAGUCCCUGACUCUGGAUGCCUGGUCCAUACACCAUCAGUAUUCGGCCCUGUGCACUGUCAUGGGUCCCGGAAUGACUUCGCAGCUGCAGGAGAACGAGUUCAUUCGCGACAUUUUCCAGCUGGGACCGCGACCCACGAACACCGGUAUCAAUGGCAACGCCAAGGUCAAGCAGUCCAAAUUGGAGCGGCACCUUGUGAACGCUGCUGCAUUCAAGGCACGCUCCAUUACGCGUGGAAAGAACCGCGACAAGCGCUCGGCCGUCGUCACUUAAAUCAAUAGAUACUCCAACCACUGUUCCCAUCCACUGACCCCAGAAAAACCAUCUCAAAACCCGAUAGCCAACUCUGGACUUACUAGUUGAAUUUGUUUCUAAUUUUAGCUUAAACCAGGCAAAGCGUCGCCAAAGCUGAAAAAAAACUAAGUCUAAAUUUAGGAUAAUUCAGGAUUUUCUAACAAAAUUUGCCUAGUUUAUUAACCAUGCGAUGGAGCCAUUGUUUAAAUAUUAUUAAAUAUUUAUCGCUUACACAGUACAGUAGUUUCGUUUCACUAACUGCAAUGCAGGCUCCAGCUUGGAUCUUAUACUUUGUGAAUUUGAAUUUACACUGCGAUUAUUACGACUAGCUUGUAGGCUCUUCGAUUCGGGUUAACUCUUAUGUUGUUGAUCUUUUUUUACACACAAGUAUACAAAAAAAAACAUAUUUCUGCUUUAAUGUUGCUAAAAUAGUUAAAUGCAAAAUUGUAAAAGUUAGUCAAAGCUUGACACGGCUUUUAUGUAUGCAUAUUAAGUAAGCUAAAUAAUACAUAUAUUUUGUAGUAAAUACGUGUAAAAUAAACUUUAGGCUUAAACGAAAACUAA